AUGUUAAAUGCACUCAAUAUUACCUCAGCCUGUGAUUUUCAUAUUCAUUUACGACAAGAUGCCUUAAUGAAAUUGGUCGUUCCUCUUGUGGCUGAAGGAGGUGUUUCAUUGUGUUAUGUUAUGCCAAAUUUAAAACCACCAAUUACCUCAACAGAACAAGCUUUAACAUAUAAAGGCAAACUUCAAGAGUUGGCACCUAAUAUCACAUUUCUUAUGAGUGUUAAAUCGUAUCCUAGAGGUGUUACAACUAAUUCAGAUUCAGGAAUUGAAUCAUAUACGAAUUAUUAUCAAGUAUUCAAAGCUAUGGAAGAAGAAGGAAUGAUCUUAAAUCUUCAUGGUGAACUCCCUAGUGACCCAGAUCAGGAUGUAUGCGUUUUAAAUGCAGAAGAAAAGUUUUUGGUUCACUUACAAAAAUUACAUCAAGAUUUUCCAAACCUAAAAAUUGUCUUGGAACAUGCAACAACUAAAGCUGCGGUUGACGUCGUUAAAUCUCUUGGAGAUACUGUUGGCUGCACAAUUACUAUCCAUCAUCUUCAAUUAGUAGCGGAUGAUUGGGCAGGAAAAUGCCAUAAUUUUUGUAAACCAGUUGCAAAAUAUCCUCAUGAUCGCCAAGCAUUACGUGAUGUGAUUCUUGAAGGUCAUCCAAGAUUUUUCUUGGGAACAGAUUCAGCGCCACAUCCAGCUCAUUUGAAAGAAUGUGCUCAAUCAUGUGCAGGUGUAUUUACAACACCUUUGGCUUUAGCUUAUCUUGCAACAAUAUUAGAUUCAUUUGGUGCAAUUCCAAGAUUAAAUGAUUUUGCAUGUGAAAAUGGCAAGAAAUUUUAUGGUAUCGAACAUAACGAUAAACUUUUGAAAACUAAAUUAAUCAAGGCAUCCGUAAAAGUUCCAGAAAAAUAUUCAUAUCUAGAUCAAAACUUGAAUGAACAAUUUGUUGUUCCUUUUAUGGCGGGCGAAACUUUAACUUGGAAAUUUGCAAAUUGA